AUGCUGAAGGGCGAGACUGACGACAGCAAGGACGUACAUGCUGUUGACGUCGAAGGCGACGAGGACGAGGAUGAUGAGAUCGAGGACAGCGACAACAACGAUGCAGACGAUGAUGCCGACGAUGACGACGAGGGCGUGGCGUCGGAAACAUACACCGGCGUGACGUAUCACGAGUCGCGGGUGAAGAAGUGGAGCGCCAGUGUGACCGUGGGCAACAUCGAGGUGGAUGCAGGUGAGUUCUGGACCGAAGAGGAUGCCGCCAAGGGCUACGACGAGCUCGUGCGCAUGUACUUGGAGCCAGGCGCGGCGGCGCUCCACUUUCCCGACGGCCACCCCGACGACGUCGACAAUGCCAGCAACGACGCGUCUUCCUUGUCGCACGAGUGGAACCUACCCGACGCCGGCUCUCGCCACGCUGACAUCAUCCCCCCCAUUCAAAAGACGUACCUAACGAUUGAAGAGCUUGUACCCGCCCUCGAGCGAGAACAAGCCAUCGACGUGUACACGAUCGACCUGGCGGGCAAAUCAAGUCUGGCGUCGCAUAUGGUGUUUUGUACGGGGCGGUCUCGCAACCAUUUGCGCCGGAUGGCUGAUUUGGUCAUCCUUUCGAUGAAAGCGCGCAACAUGGACGACGAGUUUGGGUAUGUCGUGGAAGGCCGCGACUGCGACGACUGGAUGAUUGCCGAUGCCAAUACGAUUGUGGUGCACUUUAUGACGGCUGAGACGCGGGCGAUGCUGGCUUUGGAAGAUCACUGGGAGAACAUGGUGAAUGACAAGCAUCGGCUGUACGGGCACCUGUCGGAGGAUGAAUAUAUGGACAAGUACGGCAUGUCGGAGCUCAUGACUGAGGACGACCUGCUGACCCAAGACUCGAUCGACCAUGAUGUGUGGAAGUAA